CGUCAAGAACACGGAAAGAAGUUUAAAUCCUGAGUUUCUGCGAUGUUUGCGGUUGUUUUUACUUUUGAGUAAAGUCCUCACAGCGCCGAAAGAUGGCUUGGAAGGCAAGGUGGAGGUUCUCGUUUUUGCUCUUCGUGUUUCUCAUGCUGUCGAGUGUGUCUGACAGCCAUCCUCGCCCUGAUCGUUUCAUGAACUCUCCAUCUGCCAUCAGGGCUGCAUCCAGCAGGACUGUAAGAAGAGCUUCAGACGUAGCAGUGGAGGUAGCAGGAUAUACAGAUGUGGCCAAACGUAUCAUUGAGCUGGCUGUGUUUGGAGCUGCCCAGAACCGCUCUUACAGUCGGCUGGCUGACUUCACAGACACCAUAGGGAACCGGGUCAGUGGCUCCAAGAACCUGGAUAUGGCUAUAAAAUACAUGUUCAAUGCAAUGAGACAGGAUGGCCUGGAUGUACAUCUGGAACCAGUAAAAAUCCCACACUGGGUAAGAGGGAAGGAGAGUGCAGAGAUGAUAAUGCCCUGGAACAAAAGCCUGGCUAUACUGGGACUGGGCAGCAGUGUAAGAACACCUUCUGAGGGUAUCGAGGCAGAGGUUCUGGUGGUUCAGUCUCUUGAUGAACUGAAGCGGAGAGGCAGCGAGGCCGCAGGGAGGAUUGUGGUUUUCAACCAGCCUUUCGUCAGCUAUGGGGAGACUGUGGCUUACCGUGAUUUUGCUGCUUCAGAGGCAGCCAAAUUGGGAGCUGUGGCCACACUCGUUCGAUCUGUCACUCCAUUCUCUAUUAACAGCCCCCACACAGGUAUGCAGGUGUACCAAGAUGGAGUGAAGUGCAUCCCGACCGCCUGUAUCACCAUAGAAGACGCUGAGMUGAUGUGGCGCAUGGCCCAACGGAGGCAGAGGAUUGUGGUCAGACUCAGCAUGGGAGCCAAGACUUUGCCGGAUGCUGACUCUUAUAACACAGUGGCUGAGAUAAGAGGCUGGCAGCAUCCUGAGCAGGUGGUUUUGUUGAGCGGUCAUUUGGACAGCUGGGAUGUGGGCCAGGGUGCCAUGGAUGAUGGAGGCGGAGCCAUGAUUUCCUGGGAGGCCCUGUCACUCAUCAAGGACCUGGGUUUGCGCCCAAGAAGGACUUUGCGGACGGUGCUGUGGACAGCUGAGGAGCAGGGUGGAGUCGGAGCACAGCAGUACUUUAAUCUACACAAGGUGAACGUGUCCAACUUUGACCUUGUUAUGGAGUCUGACAUGGGGACAUUCACCCCGGUUGGUCUACAGUUCACUGGCAGUGUUGCAGCACAAAAGGUGAUGGAGGAAGUGGUCAAACUUUUAGCUCCCAUUAAUACAACCAAACUGGAGGUGAACGGAGAGGGUACGGACAUCGAACUGUGGAUGCAGGCUGGGGUACCAGGCGCCAGCCUCCAUGUUGCAGACAGUCGUUACUUUUGGUUCCACCACAGCGAGGGGGACACCAUGACGGUUCAGAACCCUCGGGACAUGGACCUCUGCUCGGCUCUGUGGGCCGUGGUUGCCUACGUGGUGGCAGACCUGCAGGACAUGCUGCCAAGGUAGCAAGASAACUUCGUUUGUGGAUUUAAGUCAUUCUCAUCACUUAAAUCUAACUUUUAACAAAGCGCAUGCUCUGAUUUUUAACAUUUGAUUUGACUUUUUUUAUUACAAAAAUUUUUGAAAAGAGAGUGAUGUUUUUAAUCUGAUGUACACCAAUUAACUUAUCAGGAUUAAAGACCGGUCAUAGAGAGGGUUUAUCCCAAACUAAUGUAAAAAUAAAGCUUAAAAUUGUUUUUAUGUUUACUUGAACAUGGAGCAUUGCAUAUUUUCUCAGGUACUGUAUUAUUAUUAUUAUUAUUAUUAUUAUUAUUA